GCUUCUAAUGCUUCCCCCCCUUUGAACUUCUAGUGGGGGAUUCAAGCGUCCUCCGGUUAACGAGUCUUCAUUCGUUCGGCGAGCGUCUAUCUUUGUGUGCUGGUUUUUAACUAUUAAAUCGUGGAAAAGUUUAAUUGAAAUACAGUGUAUUCAUUUCCUUACGAUUUUCAGACUUUCUUUGUAUUAAUGGGAAGCUUUUUAAGAUUUAAAUGGUGAUGUGAUCGGAUAUUUUGCCGCAUAUAUAAAUUAAUGAAACUAGAGACUGUUUUCGAAUCGCUUUCCUCGUAAAGAAAAAUAAUUCCUUACUCAAUUUUUCUUUCUUCCCGGUUAUUAUGGAGUUGAACUAUGAAGCUUUUAUCAAUGGCGGAAUGCAGUUCAUUGACAGAAUGCAGUUCAUUGACGGAAUGCAGUUCGAUGACAGAACGAAACUUCUUAAGUUAAACGACGCUAAAACUAUUGCAAAAUAUAGCUUCCAUUGUCACAAAUCUGUAACAUAUCUAGAUCUCAGUCUCCAAGAAUAUUCCGUGUAUAACAAAAGAUUUCCAAAUGAAAGAAAAUUUUAUCAUAAAUACGUUUGCACUGAUCAAGGUUUACAGAAAUAUUUGCGACCAUCGAAAGAGUAUGAGAAAACAAUUUUACUUCAAAAUUUUCAUCUGGAUAUAAGUAAAGAACGGGAACCUGCCACUGGAGAGGUUGAGUAUAGCACUGUAAACCAAAAUCGAAUCUACGAUUGUGAAAUUGUAUAUAACGUAAUUCCAGAAACGUACUUUUAUGAGUCUCACCUUACUGAAUAUAUUAAAAAUGCCUUAGAGAAAAAUACUGAGAAAUUGUCAAUCAUCAAACUGUGUUUAAAACUCUUGAAGAACAAAGAUUUUCAUGUUUUUUUUAUUAAACCUGGCAAUAAGCGUAGCUUUAUCCCACUUAUAAUUAAAUACUGUUCAGAUUUUGAGCUAUUAGUUAAUGUUUUAAAAGUGCUUAGUUUCGAUAUUUGGAUAAUUUAUGACAGUGAACCAGAUCAAUUGGACUUUUUUCUGUAUCGUGUGCAUGCUUUAAAGGAAGGGAGAAAAGCGUUGGAAAAGGAUAUUAUCUAUAUGGGUUUUGCAAAUUCGAUGAGCAAGAACGUCGAAAUACUUCUGAAAUAUCAAAACUUUCCGAAAUUUUCUUGUAGAUCCUAUCAAUAUGCCCUUAGAAACUUGAUAAAUGAAAGAGACGAUUUGGAAUCUGCAGAAUUGAUGCAUCUCGUGAAACCAACAGAGGACAAAUUUCAAGCAAUACUAGCUUUUCUUGCUUUUAAGGAAAAAUCGGAAGCUGCUUUUCAAAACUUGCGACUUCUGUGGAGAUCAUUACCUAUGUGUUUCAUUACUUUAAAUGAAUUUGAAUAUACAUUUGGACCCAUGUUUGAUCCAAGAGAGAUAAAAGAAAUUUAUGAUUUCUAUACAGAUGUUAUAGAACAGCAUGCUCCCAGCUGUCUACCUCGAAAGUUGAAACAUUAUUGCCGAUUAAAGAUCAGAACUCUUUUGUAUGAACAGGAGCAUUUGCACGAUGGUAUUGAUGAGCUUGGGUUGCCUUUGGAUUUACAACUGUAUUUGAAACUUAAAAAUUAGUUACUUUCAUCAUUUCAAAACUAUAUAUUGACAUAUUACUUUAAUUAGAGAUAGGAGAUACCUAUGGAUUCUGUAUGGCCACAGUGUUACAACCUGUAGUGGUGUUAGAAUUUUCAUACGUUUGUAUGUUAAGUAAAUUUACUGUAUCUUUAAAAGUCUUCUCAGAUGUGCAACAAUAAGUACUCAAGAAUUUUCAAACGAAAAAUAGUUCAUUUAUGAUAUGAUACUGAGAGAUACUAUCAACUUUAAAUGUUAAUUAUAUUUCAUUGUCAAUGUAAGUGAUUCCCUUUUGAAUGAAAUAAGAAUUAGGUGAUUGAUUUAUAAGUUUAUUUAUUUAUUUUCCCUACAGAAUCUCCAUUUUUAAAUAAAGUCUAUUUGUCAUAAGGCUGAAGUAACAUUUUCUUUCUUUCUUUUCUUUUUUUUUUAUAUUCAUCCAUUAAACAUAGUUUACAGAUAUC